GUAAAUUUGAAAAAGUGCUGUGAUGCAAAUUUUUUCUGGAAGUUGUUUUGAAUCMACAAAMCGAGGAAAAGAUAAUGUAACAUCAAUAGAGCAAAGUCAGAAUGACAACGAUUCACCCAGAACCCAGUGAACAAACAGAAGUCGGAAAUACCAAGAAAAACAUUGCUGUUGUCCACCCUCUGCUAAGGCAGACUGGCCAAACCAAUGAUAACACUGACAACAUCCAUAAUGGCGUUCCUGAGUCAAACUACAAAAAAGUGUCAUUUAAAGACUUGCCACUAGUAGACCUACUGACUYAUAAUGAUCCAUUAAUGGUWAAAAUCUCUCAGAUGUURAAUCGUCGAAACARCAGAGUGAUCCGUAAUUGGAAGCAUCUUGCUCAAGCAAUUGGCGUACCUUCAGAUAUUAGUUUGUCAUUUGACUGUGAUACAGAGCAAAGUCCAACAGAGGAUCUUUUUGAUCAUCUGAUUACUUGGGAGCCAGAUAUGACUUUUAAAAAAUUGAAGGAGAUACUACGUAGUGCUGGUAGAAAUGACCUGAUUCUAAUGCUUGAAAAAGAAAAUUACAAGGAUUUGUGGAAAGUAUCUGACAAUAAGGACUUUAUAGAUUUGUUUAAAGACAAACUAGACAYACCAAAAAGGCAUAUGGAUUGGAGAGCAUUGGCAAGCAAAUGUAAAAUCCCAAGAAAAACCUUUGAGAAGUUUGGAAAACCAAAGCUUGGCCCAACUGAACACUUGUUUAUCCAUGUAAGGGUUUCGAAGCAUUUUGAGUCUUUCAGUGUUAAAGAAUUGAAAGGAUAUCUUGAAAAAAUGAACCGUUUUGAUGUCUUAAAAGCAAUCGAAAGACACAAAAUACCAGAUAACGCUUUGGUCAAAGAUAAAUUYAMAUCCCAAACACCAAUUAUGGAGGAAGUUAGUGACCUGCUUGACAAAGAUGGGCCUAUGAAAAACUGGAAAAACCUGUCAUACCUGAUGGGUAUUCCUGGGACUACUUAUGAAGACUUUGACUCAUCUAAAGGAACAAAUAGAAAUCCCACUGAGCUGUUAUUCCAGUGGAUCUUUACUAACAAGCCUGAUUUUACUUUGGAGAAAAUGGUGAAAGGUCUGCAGAGCAUYGAGAGAAAUGAUGUUGUUCUUGAACUGACCAAUGACAUCAAACAGGCCCUUAAAGAAGGAAGACUUCAAAUCAGUCAUUCAGAAGAAAAUAUGGAUUCUGUUAUCUCACAAAAUCCCAAUAAUCUGAAAUCUUCUGAUGAAGACAGCAAGCUUUUACAAAACUUAGAUCAUCUCRCAAAACAGGAAAGAAAUGCUUUACGUGUAACUAAUUUGCCAAAAGGCUUKUACACAAAAAUAUGUAAUUUGUUGGAUGUUAAAGAACCCUUCUAUAGGGACUAUCGUUGSUUUGCUGAAGAACUUGGUAUAGAUAAACCUAAGAUUAAUGCAUAUGAACAAAAGGAGUCACCAACUCAUAGCAUUUUGCUGGAAUAUAAAGUAACUAUUGAUAACUUUGUAAAGAUCAUUAAGAGUAUUGAGAGAGAAGAUGUAGCUGAAGAAGUAGAAGCAUGGUUGAAUGAGUCUCCCAGCAGCUAAAUCAAAAUUUUAAGUAGAGUAGUUUUCAAUUUAAAGUGCUAGCAAACUACCUCAUGAAUAUUGUGUUGGGAUCCCUGAGGGAACACAGGGAUCCUGACAUAAAAACGGCUUCAAAGAGACAUAGAUUUGUUCUAACUUCCAUCAAAAGACAGCCUACAAGUAUUUGUACCUUUGAUGAUAGUUAAUAAAACUUGCCUUUAUAUAUAUAUAUAUAUCUUAUAUCAAAUAUUGUUGAAAACAAUAUUGUUAGUGAUUUCAAACAAACACAAUAUGUACUAUUGAUAAGAAUCGUUCCAUUAAACUUAAACAACAUGUGUUUCAUAUUUGAUGAUCAACGAAAACCCAAGCGUGUCAAUGUUGUGCAAUAUUUUCUCUGCUGUGGCUUGUUUGAAUACAUUCUGUUAGCAAAAAAUAGGCUGAGUAAUAAAAGAGCUAAUAACUGAUUUGUUGUUAAGUGUU